UUUCUCACCAACCCCAAUCCCAACAACAACACUCACCAAUCUUCCUCAUCUUCCCUCACCGUCUCACCAAACCUCUUCUAUUAAUUAAUUACUCACUUCUUUAUAGACAUUUUAUAGUUCCACUAAACAUUCUCUCCCUCUAAUUUCCAUUUCUAAUGGCGACUAAAUCUCUACUGCAUUCUUCAUCAAUUCCUUCUUAUUUUACGAAUUCCCAAUCAAAUUUGAUUAAUUGUAGGAAAACCCAGUUGAGAUUCGAUCCUCAAUUUGCUACAAGACCAAUCAAAUGGAGAAUUGGUUUCCCGAGAAAGGAAUUGAAAAUUGGGCAGUAUGUAGAAAGGGAGAGGCAGAGGCAGAGAGGAUUAAUGGUGGUCCGGUGUACGGCGGAGGGGAUAGAGAGAGGAAUGUUGAUCGGAGGAGAGGCGGAGGCGAGACUACGGGCAGUGCCGGAGAGGUGGAAGGUGGCGGCUUUGAUGGCGUGCGUGAUGUGUCUCGCCAAUGCUGACCGCGUUGUUAUGUCUGUUGCGGUUGUUCCUCUCGCUGCCAAAAUGGGUUGGUCCAGUUCCUUCCUGGGCAUUGUUCAGUCAUCCUUUUUGUGGGGAUACAUAUUCUCAUCAGUAAUAGCAGGAGCCUUGGUAGACAGAUAUGGAGGCAAAAGAGUGAUGGCAUGGGGACUGGCAUUCUGGUCACUGGCUACUCUGCUCACUCCAUUGGCUGCCAACUACUCUACAGCCAGUCUUUUAGCUGUUCGCGCCUUCUUUGGUCUUGCUGAAGGCGUAGCUCUCCCCUCUAUGACCACCCUCUUAUCAAGGUGGUUCCCGAGCAAUGAGCGAGCAAGUGCAGUUGGUAUCUCCAUGGCUGGAUUUCACCUUGGCAAUGUAACAGGAUUACUACUGACUCCAAUCAUGUUGUCAACUGUUGGAAUUUCUGGUCCGUUUAUACUCUUUUCAUCACUUGGAAUGCUAUGGUUGACGACUUGGGCAUAUCGAGUCACAAGUGAUCCUCUAGAUAGUCCCUUUAUCAGCAAAUCAGAGCUGCAAAUAAUCCAAGCAGGAAAAAAUCGCUCUUUAGCAAGCAGCGGGAAACGUCCAUCCCUACGCCUCUUACUGUCAAAACUACCAACAUGGGCAAUCAUAUUUGCUAAUAUUACGAACAAUUGGGGAUACUUUGUUCUUCUGUCAUGGAUGCCGGUCUAUUUCAACACAGUAUUUAAUGUGAACUUGAAGCAAGCAGCUUGGUUUAGUGCUGUUCCGUGGGGAACAAUGGCUGUUUCUGGCUUCAUCGCUGGUUCAGCAUCGGAUUCCUUAAUCAAGGCAGGAUACUCUUUAACAUUGGUCCGAAAGAUCAUGCAGUCGAUUGGUUUCAUCGGUCCUGGAGUUGCACUACUAUGCUUAAAUUACGCGAAAACUCCUGUGGUUGCUUCCGUAAUCAUCACGGUAGCGCUAAGCUUGAGCUCUUUUAGUCAAGCUGGCUUUCUCCUCAAUAUGCAAGACAUAGCACCUCAGUGUGCAGGAUUUCUUCAUGGAAUAGCAAAUUCAGCAGGGACAUUAGCCGCAAUCAUCAGCACGAUUGGAACAGGUUAUUUCGUACAGUGGCUCGGAUCUUUUCAGGCCUUCCUCACUGUCACAGCAGGACUCUACUUUGUUUCGGCCAUGUUUUGGAACCUGUUCGCUACUGGAGAGCGAGUUUUCUACGACUAAAAAAGUUACGAAACCCAGGAUCAAGUUUGGGAAAUGAUAAAGGCAUUAAUGUUAAUUUGAUUCAUUAGCAAGGAAUGAAUUUGUUUCUGCAAAAUGUAGGAGUUUGAUAUGUACAGCAGCUCGAGCGUUGUUAUACAAAAAGUAGUGUAACAUUCAUAUAUGUAAAGAAGCAAUCUUACCAGUACAUCAAGAGCCUCCCGGUUCCUUC